UUGAAAAUGUUAUCUUUAGAUGUAGAUGACGAGGAUUUUGUGGAAAAUUUAAAUAAUUGCUUGAAAGCUUUGCAUUCCCAUGUUUAUCCAGUUUUAAUUCCUUCAGGGAGUUCUGGGUCUUAUUUUGUUCGAAGUCCUGAAGGUCGACAUAUUGGAGUGUUUAAACCGAAAGAUGAAGAACCAUUUGCAGAAAAUAAUCCCAAAUGGCCGAAAUUCCUGCAGCGCUUUCUGUGUUUCUGUUGUUACGGUCGUUCAUGUUUAAUACCUCUAAAUGGUUAUCUGUCGGAGGUAGCAGCUUCACUGGUUGAUGAGCGGUUACAGUUAUAUAUUGUGCCAAAAACACGUAUUGUCAAAAUGGCAUCUCCAACAUUCUUUUAUCCUAGACGGUGCUGCUCAGGAGUGGAUGAAAUUCGUCCAAAAAUUGGAAGUUUCCAGGUAUUUGUUCAUGGUUAUGCACCAGCAUAUGACUUGGUACCAGGCUGGGAGUUCUGCGGUACAUCUGAUCCAUUAACCGCAGUUGAGCGAAAACGUUUUCUUCUACAGUUUCAAAAAAUGUGUAUACUUGAUUAUGUGAUUCGAAAUACUGACCGAAACAUGGAAAAUUGGCUAAUACGGUAUGUUCCCGACGAUACACUUGAUCUUGUAGCUAUAGACCAUGGAUUGGCGUUUCCUGUCAAACAUCCCGAAACUGCUACGGUAUUGCGGCCAUUUGCAUACGGUUGGGCUAAUAUGGAUUGUGCGAGAGAGCCAUUUGAUGACCAGUUACGCAAUCGUUUGCUGUCUUUGUUAACGCCACUAUUUGUACACAGCUUAUGUGCAGAAAUUAAAAAGCUUUUUAUGAUCGAUAGUGCUAAUAACAGAUUCCUAAUAAACAGCCAACUAAAAGUAAUGAGAGGACAGCUUUGGAAUUUACGGCUUUCUCUCUUGGAAAAUGAAUCACCAAAGAAAAUGACUCAACGUCCACUAAUUAUAGUUACGAGACGGUAUCAUAAGUAUCCAAGAUCUGAUGUAUGGGAGCAAUGUUUCAAAGCCAAAACUCCAGAUUAUUCAGGGAGACGCUGCUUUUAG